AUGCUCGUCCGUUCGGGCGCCGCACGACAACCCCUCCCCAUACGCCGUCUUCUCUCGUCUGCCGCCCCCCUCCGAAACGCCUCGAGAUGCUCGCUCUCCAACCCUCUCCCGUCUUUGAUUGGGAACCGGCGGUUACUUACAACUGAACCCGACUCACGGCCUUGGAAGAAGAAGUCAUAUCGUGCCCUGGUCGGCUUCGAGCGCAACUUGGCCACUGCCCUCGACGAGCAUCGCUUUCGUGACGAUGUGCCGUUCGAAGGUCUACCACCUAGCUUGGCCGCCCAAUACCAGCCGCGAAAGCCACAGAUAGCACCUUACCUACUGAGGCCGUACAACGUGGAUUCUCCGUUAAUCGUCGGCGAGCCGAAACCAUACCCGCCUAGGCAAAGGCUCAACCCCAAUGGCAUUCCCGGCGACCUCGACGAGAUGCUCUCGGUGUUUGAAGCUUGUGUGCAGGUCGGCAGACUGGACCGCGCCUCUCUAGUCUUGCAACGAUUCGGGCGGAUGAAUAUUCUGGAACCCGAGCAGGCCAUUGAACUACACAACCAGUACUUGCAGGGUCGCGUUUCAGAGCUCAUGGCAGAGCCACGCGCGGACAAGGCCGACGAUGUUCAUAAGUGGUUUGAGCUCCACAUUCGGGCUGCUCGUCUACCGUUCACGCCCCUCACCAUUGCAUACAUGCUUAAGACGACCCUCCUCACUCCCGCAGACGGUACACAGGCGGGUCGGAUCGACCGCUACAUGAGCAUGAUGCCCGAGCAGAACGCCGGGGAGCCACUCGACUUGGGGAACGUUCUCAGUGACGAAGAUUUGGCCGCUAUCGCCGAGAUAUGCCCUUCCUACUAUGUCCCCGACGACAUUGCUGCUGCCGCGGAUGCUGAGGCCCUCGUCGAAGACGAGGAGGGUGGCUCGGCGGGCUCGGGGACUCUGGACGCGACGAAAACCACGUCAACCGGCGCGCCGGAAGUCUUGGGCACACCGCAAAAGGGCAUGGGGCUUAAAUCUCUGAAGACGGCGCUUUCCAUGUUGUCUGAGCUUCCACCUGGGCUAGACAUUGGUUCUCUUCCCAUCGCACAACGACGUGAGGUCCAAGCUAGACUUGAGAAAGAUUGUGUGGAUGCUGCCGUUGCGAGGUGGCGGGAGGAAAAUGAAGCACUCAUGGGCAUGGGUCUAAACACGCAGCUGUCGACGCCCACUCUUAACUCCAAGUUGUACGACUGGCAUCAGGCUUUGGAGGCUAGGUUUGCCGAGGAGCAAGCCAAGGUUGAAGUGUCCGAAUCGGCGACCAAGAAGUCGAAGGAGGAUAUGGAUCGUUGCGUAUAUGGGCCCCAUUUGCUACAGUCCCCUGCAAAACGCCUCGCUGCUGUCACGAUUCUCAGCGCACUCAGUAGUCUGGCCAUGCACGGUGCGGACAAGGGCAUUCCGGUCUCCAACAUGGUACAGCAACUUGCCAAGAUUGCCGAGGAGGAUAUUCGUGCCCAGAACCAGGCUAAACGCGCUCCCAACGCCAAAUCGAAACCACGCCGGCAACAGAGUGCCCGGCAGUUGAUCCGGCUCUACGACUCCACCCCCGGCGAACCUGCGGCCGUGCCCGAAGCCGAGCCUACGGCCGCAGCCGAAGCCGAGCCUGCAGCUGAGCCUGAGAGCAUGCCGCCAGCCCCCCCUGCUGUCACAGACAAUAGUUUCGCUUAUAGAGCGGAUUCUGUGGAAGCGCGGUGGCCGAUGCUGAUCAAGGCAAAGGUUGGCGCCGUUCUUCUCGCCGCUCUGAUGGACACCGCAAAGAUAGUUGUUCAACGGGAGCACCCAGAAACAAAGGAAAAGUUGAGCCAAACCCAACCAGCCUUCACCCACGCCGUGCAGCUCAAGAAGGGACGGAAAAUAGGUGUGAUCCAGCCCAACCGCGAAUUGAUAGAGCUCAUGAAGCGGGAGCCUCGGGGCGAAGCAUUGGCCCGGCAUCUGCCCAUGGUUGUUGAACCUGUUCCAUGGUCCAAGUUCGACAAGGGCGGUUUCAUCUCGGCGCCAACCCCUCUCAUCCGGCUAAAGAACCACGAGAAAGACCAACGCAUUUACGCUGAGGCGGCCAUCGAGCGUGGAGACAUGGAACAGAUGAUGAGGGGCUUGGAUGUGCUCGGGAAAACUGCUUGGAAAAUUAACCGCCCCGUCUUCGAUGUGAUGCUAGAGGCAUGGAACACCGGUGAAGAGUUUGCCAACCUGCCCGCCCUGGAUCCCAAAAUUCCCAUUCCCGCCGAACCGGACUCGACCGACGAUCCGAUGAAGAAGCGAGUGUGGCUGAGGUCGGUUAAAGCCGCCGAGAACGAGAAGUCUGGCUUGCACUCUGUCCGGUGCUUCAUGAACUUCCAGUUAGAGAUCGCCAGAGCCUUCCGGGACCAAACCUUCUAUUUCCCUCACAACAUCGACUUCCGCGGGCGCGCUUACCCGAUGCCGACGUAUCUGAACCACAUGGGUGCCGACCACAUGCGUGGGCUGCUGCUCUUCGCCAAGGGUAAACCAUUGGGUGAGAAGGGACUGGCUUGGCUCAAGGUCCAACUUUCCAACGUGUACGGAUUCGACAAGGCCAGCCUGCAAGAGCGCGAGGACUUUGCCACCAAUAACCUGGAAAACAUCUUCGACUCGGCCGACAACCCGCUCACGGGGAAGCGGUGGUGGCUCCAAGCCGAAGACCCCUGGCAAUGCCUUGGCGCCUGCUUUGAAUUGAAGGCCGCCUUGUCAUCCCCAGAUCCCGCCGCUUACGUCUCACACCUACCCGUCCACCAGGAUGGCACCUGCAAUGGUCUGCAGCAUUAUGCCGCGCUCGGUGGUGAUACCUGGGGUGCGCAGCAGGUUAAUCUCCUGCCAGGAGAACGCCCUGCCGACGUCUACGCGGCCGUCGCCCAGUUGGUACAGGAAGAGGUGAAGCAGGAGCUCGCGGAGGGCAACGAGUUUGCCAAGGCCGUCGACGGAAAAAUCAACAGGAAAGUGGUCAAGCAGACGGUCAUGACGAAUGUCUAUGGUGUCACGUUUGUUGGUGCCAAGAAGCAGGUGCAAAAGCAGCUGGACUCGAUCUAUCCCAACAUCGAGCAGGAGACGGGCUUAAGUUCGACCGUACUCGCGUCGUAUCUCGCCGGCAAGGUGUUUACGGGCUUGUCGACCAUGUUCCGAGGUGCCCACGACAUCCAAAACUGGCUAGGUGAAAUCGGUGGCCGCGUGUGUCGUGCCUUGACACCGGAACAGAUCGACCGGCUGGCGGGGGGGUCGACCGAAGAAGCCAAAACCAAGAAGGCAUCCAAGUCCAAGGCGGACAUCGAGGAGGAGAUGAACGGCUACUUUCGUAACACGCUCGUCUGGACGACGCCCUUGCGGAUGCCCGUGGUUCAGCCGUAUAGGAAGAGCGGAACUCGGAUGAUCUCGACGUGUCUACAAGACCUGAUUCUGACCAACCUGGACCGGGAUGAUCCGGUGAAUCGGCGGAAGCAGCUUCAAGCAUUCCCUCCCAACUUUAUCCACUCGCUCGACGCCAGCCACAUGAUGCUGUCGGCCCUCGAGUGCAAUGCCAUCGGGCUUACCUUUGCCGCCGUGCACGACUCAUUCUGGACACAUGCGGCCGACGUGGAUGACAUGAAUGCCGUCAUCCGUGAUUCCUUCAUCCGUAUUCACCAAGAGGACGUCAUUGGCCGCCUCAAGGCAGAAUUCGAGGCGAGAUACCGCGGAGCGCUCUACCGAGCCAAGGUCGACUCCACGACGGAAGUCGGGAAGAUGAUUCUCAAGUACCGAAAAAGUAACCGCAUGGAUGUCAAGGAAGAACUCUUGCUGGAGAGGCGGCGCCAACUCCUUCUGCACUCCAUGGACCCGGAGGAGGUGAGGAAGGGUCAGGAGAUGGUCACGGCCGCUAGCAUUUUCGAGUCCAUGGCGACGCCGGACAUGAUUGUCAAUGAAGUGGACCCGCAAGAGUUGCUCGAGGAUGCGGACGGGGAUGUGGACGGGCAUGCCGCCGCGGAGGGACCCUCAGCUGAGGACAAGAACCGCAAAGGGAGAAAGAACUAUGCGACGCAGCUAAAGGAGCUUUCGGGCACCAACUACUUCGAGAUGGAGAUGGACAAGGCGAACCGAGCGAGGAUAGCAAAAGCGAAGUUGUCGCCGCAAAACUCUCAGGUCGCCGUCUGGCUGCCGCUCACGUUCCCCAAGAUCCCUCAGAAGGGCGACUUCGAUGUGACGCAACUCAAGGGGAGCAAGUACUUCUUCUCUUGA